CUCUGGCUGGAAUUAAAAGACUGGAACUGAAAGUUAAUGUAGAACCAAACAUAAAUUAUUUCUUCUACGUGAGAGCUGUUAACGUCUUUGGAACGAGCGAACAGAGUGAAGCUGCUCUCAUCUCGACAAAAGGAACUAGAUUCCACAUAAUGAAAGAAACCGCUCACCCUGCAUUGCAGGUGUCACCCAAUGGAACCAUGAUAUGCCUUCCCAAGGAAACCCAGAUCACGGGAAUCUCACCGGUUUGGGGAGAGCUUUUGUCUUCUCAAGGACGGCAUUACUGGGAAGUCACUGUGACUGGCUGCGAGACUUACAAGAUUGGGAUCUGCUACUCCGCUGCACCACCUGACAGUAUCCUGGGGCAGAACAGUUCUUCCUGGUGCUUGUAUUGUCCUAGCAAAAUGAGUCUUGUCUACAAAGUUCUCCACAACGGCGAGAUGGGUGAUGUUAUUGUGAUGGAACAGCCUGCCCGGAUUGGCAUUCUGCUGGACUACAAAGCUGGAAGACUCUUGUUUUUCAAUGCAGAACGAGGACAAGUCCUCUUUGCUGUUAAGCAGAAAUUCACUGCUGCAGCUCACCCUGCCUUUGGGUUGGAACAGCCAGGAAUCCUUCACCUGCACACGGGCAUGGAGCUACCAGAAUUUGUGAAGCAUAGCUGAAAGUUUUCUUCCCAUCUACCCGCAAGACAAUCAGAAUUUUAUUUUUUUAAAGUCUUAGGAUGGUCGUUUUCACCUCUUUAAUAUAUGCUAUACAUACAGAGAACUACACAGGAAGCUUAAUGACCUGGUAGGUCUGCACCAUCCUUUCCCCUUCUAACAACAGCUUCUUUGCUGAGGUACUUCCCAAAAUGUUUUUAAAAUGGGGGGGGGAUACUUCAGAAGCAGUUUGCAGUGCAUAUCGAGAAAGCUCCCCUUGACAAUGAGAACGCAAGUAGAGCCCUGCUGGUCCCAACCGAUGGUUCAGCUAGUGUGGCAGUCUGCUUCACCCAAGGGCCAACCAGGUGUGUUACCCAAAUCAGUUGCCGUGUCAGGCCUGUCAUGUGAAAAGCAUCCCCUUAACAGGAAGAACUAGAACACGAGUACAAGGUAAAUCGGGGAGGGGGGACCCUGAAGUUUUUUAUACAGUGCUCCCAGUUAGACACAAGAUAGCUCUGGGUGAGAGAAAGGUGGGAGACAGGUGUUUAACCAGAAAAUAAACAUAUUACCCUAAACCAAGAGACAGACUAGAAAAACAAGGAAUCAGUACAGAAAAAGAGUGCAGAAAAACAGAAGAGCAAGCAAUUACAUCACAGACGCCAAUAAAACUCAGUCACUUUGCACAAACCUAGUGUGCAGUUGUGUUACUUGAAAUUAAAUACCCAAUUAAAGUCACUUUUAAUUCAAAUUAUGUUCCUCACAAGUGGCUAGUCUAGAGGAAACCAGUCACAAAUGGAUAUGGGAGAAACUUAAGACAAUGGGGAGUGGAUAGGAAAAUGUUGAGGGUGAAUUCCAGGAAGGGAAGAAAUGGAGGGAGGAAAAUCAUGCUGUGCCUGUCUUGACAAGGAAGAUUCAGUGAUUUCACGCUCAUGAUGACGGAAGCUGGUUCUGGAGGGGAACCAAACACAAAAAUGAAAGGCUUGCAAUGCCCUUCUUAUGCACCCGAGUUUACCUGGGUGCCUGGAAGAAGGUUGCUGUUGGCCCAGUUUUGAGCAGAAGAGUGUAGGACUGAGGUGCCUAUUGGUAGAUUUUGGGGCUGUACCCUCAGUGAUGCAGUUUUAGGAUCUGGGACCCCAUUGAUGUGAGUCCAGGACCUGGGCUGUGAUAGGAUAGUUCACUCCUCCUCUUAUAGAAGAGGAUAGUUCAUUCCUCCUAUUAUAGAAGGAGACAUCUGAAGGUGCCCAGGGAAUGGGCUGGAAGGGAUAUCUGAAAUGGUUCUGAUUGUAAGUGAUUGAAUUAAAAUGGUGAGUAAUUUCUGCCACCAAUAUUUAGGAGAAAGCUGAUGGACCUUCCUGGGUUCAUAAACCAGUCACACAGGGUCACUUGUGAAGGAGCUUUUGAAAGCUUUGGUUAUUGGCCAACAGACAUGGGUUGAUGUUUUUGUCCCAAAGGUACGAAGUGCUCCGAAGGUUUACACAAAAGAGCUUAAUUGCUGUUCCCCUGUAGUAAUCAGGCAGUUGGCUGUUUCCUUUUGCAAGUGCUUGGAAGACUUCUUGCCUUGAUCAAGAGACUUUGAUUCAGUAUUAAAUGAAAUGCAUAUCCCCUCAUCAAAGAAAUCUAAGGGCAGGAGGUAGCCCAGAAUAAUCCCUGGUGCUUAUGUGAUCAUGUUGGCAAACCUCUCGACUGACUUAUCUGGGCAUGGAUAGCUACGAAUGAAUUACAUGGCAAACAAAAAAGUAGAGCUGCAGGGAAAUAUAUACAAUAGUACGUAAAUACUAUGUAUGGAUUUCAAUGCUGGACAGGUAAGAAAAUUGAUUAAUUUGAAAUAUGGUGUUGGAGGAGAGUUUUACAGAUACCAUGG